AAGAUUAAACAAAACUUGAUGGCUGGCAUGUGAAAUAAUAUUGUUCCUUCUCAGCAGACACAGCACAAACCAGCUUCACUGAUGCAAAUGCUUCCUGCAUUACCACUCUCUCUUCUCACUAAAACCUGGACUCAGAAAGAAUCUGAACCACAUUCACUCUAAAGUACUAAUUACUGAUAUUGCUUAAAGUGUUACCUUUCUAUGAGAAUAUGCAUUUAUAGCAUAGAUUGGCCUUAAAUAAAGGAAAGAACUUCCUAGUGACACUGGCCACCUGGGGGUCCUUCAAACAAGAUUCUCCAUCUCUCGACUUGCAAGCAUUUUCCCUGGCCGUCUCCCAUGCCCGGAAGCUCAACUCUGUUUCCUGAUUUCUUUGGCUUUUUUCAAGUCUCAGCUAAAAUCCAAACUCUUACAAGAAGGUUUUCCCAAUGCACUAUUUUUAUUGUUUUGGCAAAGUGUAAACAAAGAUUACCCAGCUCAUUGUGGAAGGGCUCCAAGGGAAAACAAUGCCAUGUUUCCCUAUGUCCACAAAAGAAGGGUGGAAUGAUGUCCAAGGAAAUACAUCACUAGAGUGGAAAAUCCAUUAAAUAUUUAUGGCAGAAUUCAAUGUUCUCCACUGUCCCAAAAACACCAGUGACAGAACUGUGAGUUGAAUCCUGGGAAGCUCUUAGAAUUCUCUCUAGUGACAUCUUGUCCAGACCAGUGGUCUAACCCUCUUUGAAUGCUGGGACACAUCUGGCCAGAGCCACCAUGUGGGUGCUGAUAGCCUUGCUGCUGCUGGAUCCAAGGACUGGAAGAGCUGCCACCAUGGAUAAACCCAUUCUGUCCUUGCACCCACCCUGGACUACAAUCUUUAAGGGGGAGCGGGUAACCCUGAGGUGUGAUGGGUACCACCCUUUGCUCCUCGAGCUCCGGCCAAUCAGCACAUUGUGGUACUUGGGGCACCUGCUACUUCCCUCACAUAAGAAGAGCAUCGAGGUGCAGACACCAGGGGUGUAUCGAUGUCAGACCCGAGGGGCACCUGUCAGUGAUCCAAUCCACCUCUCUGUGUCCAAUGAUUGGCUGAUCCUACAGGUUCCCUAUGCCAUGGUGUUUGAGGGUGAACAACUAGUGAUACGCUGCCGGGGCUGGUAUGACAAAGUUGUUUACAAGCUCCACUACUACAAGGAUGGGCACGUCAUGCGCUACUUCCAGUCUAGUGCCAAUUACACGAUACCCCAGGCACAGGCCAGUGAUAGUGGACAUUACCAGUGCUCAGGAACCUUGCGUAUCCCAGUGGAGAGUACCCCUAUGUUCUCUGCCAAGGUGGUGGUUACCAUCCAAGAGCUGUUUGCAUCUCCAGUGCUGAAAGUGGUGCACAAGCCUGAGUCCCGCAGCGGGGGUGGGGUGACCCUUCGCUGUGAAACAAGUCUGCACCCCCAGAAGCAGGACACGCCGCUGCAGUUUUCCUUCUACAAGUACAGCCGUCCUGUGCGCCGCUUUGACUGGGGAGCUGAGUAUACCGUCCCGGAAACUGAGACCGAGGACCUGGAAUCGUACUGGUGUGAAGCUGCCACUGUGCCCCGCAGCGUGCGCAAACGCAGCCCUUGGUUGCAACUCUCAGGGAGGGGUUCCUUCUCCAGCACAUCGACCAUCACAACCCGAGCUCCUGUGCCAGCAGCCAUGUCCAAGAACCCCAUUUCAAAGCCCCUCUCCUUCAGAAAGCCUCCUGAUCCCAGAUCUGUGUCCUUCAUCACCUCUGCCCCAAACUCCACCUUGACCAGGACCCUUGCCUCUGUGCCAAGCAUUCCCACUCCUGGGCCCACUGCUUGUACUUCUCUAGCAUCCUUGGGCCAAUCUACCUACUCUUUGAAGUCCAACAUGGACUUAUUGCUUCAGGAAAUGCAGCUGCUUAAAGGCCUUCUGAGACAAGUGGUACUAGAGCUGAAGGAGCCACACACAGUUUUGGGGCUCAGAGGGACACCAGAGAUACCUAUCUUAGAUUUGGGGGUGAACCCAGCCAUUCCAGAGACCACAGGAAGGGGUUAAGGCAAGGACCAACCUAGUGGGAUGCUUCUUGCCCCUAUCCAGGCUGGCUAGCUUUUGGUGGGAGUCUGGGGUUGAAGUGUGACAAUUAUUAGGAGAACAGAACUUGAAUCUUUCCAGUGAAUUGGGGGGACUGGCCAAUUAAAUUCCAGUUCUCUUCCAUUAUACCUACUUUCCUUCAGUCAUCCAAAAAGCACAUUUUCCUUAAAGAAGCUAUCUUUCUUACCAUUUGGCCCCUGUGGUUUUAAACAAUCACCAAGUGUCACCUAUCCUAUAUGUCACUAUUUAGUUACACAAGUACAAAGAGCUUUGCUACCACAAGUUUUCUGCUCCUAUUCCUCCUUCUUUCCAUCAUCCUCCUUUCUCUAUCACCCUCCCUCCACCCUCUACCCUUCACCCCCAAAAUAUAACUAUACAUAAAUUAUUUCAUCUAAGUUUGUGGUUUGGUGUGAAAUUCCAGCUUGUUUAAAUUCUUAACUUUUCACCAUGUUCCAGCCAUUGUACAUCAAAUGGAGGCAAGUUUUAGCACUAGUAACUACUGAGGCACUUUAGAACCUUCUGUUGUUAGCAACAAGUUGCAAUUACAUAGUGAAUUCACCCACUGCUGUCAUUAAAAAAGAUUUUCAGUUC